AUGGCCGCCGAACAAAGAAAGCUGCUCGAGCAGCUCAUGGGCGCGUCCGCCUCCUCGCGCGCCCAGCAGCUCUCGCUCAACGACCCCAAAGUCUGCCGGUCCUACAUCGCCGGCACGUGUCCGCACGACCUCUUCACCAACACCAAGCAGGACCUCGGGCCGUGUCCCAAGGUGCACGCCGAGGCCCUCAAGACCGAGUACGAGGGGCUGUCUGAGCGGGAGAAGCACAAGUACGGCUUCGAGUACGACUACAUGCGCGAUCUGCAAAAGUACAUCGACGAGUGCAAUCGCAGGAUAGAUGCGGCGCAGAGGCGCUUAGAGAAGACGCCCGAUGAGAUUCGACAGACGAACGCUUUGCUCAAAACGAUAUCCGACCUCACAUCGUCCAUCAACAGCGGCCUCCUCGAAGUCGAAAUCCUCGGCUCCCUCGGCGAAGUCUCCCGCGCACAAGACGAGCUCUUCCGCGUCCGCCAAGCCGCCCAGCAGAAAGCCGAGCGCGAGAAGGAGCUCAAGGCCUUAUCAGACACCUCCGGCCCCUCGGGCCACCAGAAGCUGCAGGUCUGCGACGUCUGCGGCGCCUAUCUUAGUAGACUGGACAACGAUCGCCGACUGGCAGACCACUUUUACGGAAAGAUGCAUCUGGGAUAUGCGCAAAUGCGUAAGACGUACGACGCGUUCCCGAAGGAGAUGAAGGGCCGGUCACGGCCGGCUAUGGACGAUGAUGGGCCCGGCGGAGGUGGUCCUAGGGGACCCAGAGGUCCUGGAGGAUACAGAAGCGGGAGGGGAGGGAGAGGGUAUCGCGGAGGGUGGUAA